AAAGUCAUCUGGUUCAAGUCUCCAUUUGCUGAAUUCCAUUGGACUCCCUCUCUCUCUCUCUCUCUCUCUCUCGCUCUGUGCUCUCUAAAUUCAUUUUUGUUUACUUAACCGAGGCACCAUGAAUGGCGGUUUCUCCAAUUCGGCCGGUGGCUCCGGUGACGGCGCAUCCAAAUUGCUCGCUAAUCUCCCCUCUCGCGGCCUCUUGUCUGCCAAUGUCGUUUCAUCUAACCUGGGUGGGAUGCGUGUCUAUAUUUGCGAUCAUGACACGUCACCUCCAGAGGACCAGUUUAUCAAGACAAACCAAACAAAUAUAUUGAUUAGGUCUCUUAUGCUUAAGAAUCAGAAGGGCGAUUCUUUGAAGAAAGAUCCGAAGGGUAGUACUUCGGAUCAGGUUUCCAAAAAAAGGGCUGCGGAUAGAGCUUUGGAGAGCAAGGCUGCUGGUAAGAGGGCCAUGUCCAGCACUCAGCUUGGUUCCAAUCAAGAGACAUCACGAUUGAGCAUGCCUAACAAAGAUCUGCAGAGUUUGACUGUAGAGAAACUUCGUGCGCUUUUGAAGGAGAAAGGUCUUAUACUGAAGGGAAAAAAGGACGAGUUGAUUGCACGCUUGAGAGGUGCAAAUGGCUAGAAUGCUCCCAGAAGCUAAGAGGAUCUUCAAGACUGUGCAACACGUAAUUUUGGAAAAGCAGGUUGUGUAAGUUAGUUGUAGUAUGGUUCCGAACUAAUUUAAAGUGUUCGAUACGCAGCACUGUGUUUUGUAUGUUGCAUCAAUAGAUCACUGUAUUAAAGUGAAUGAGAUAAAGGCAUGUCUCAAUGGUUUUGGUGAAAAUGUGAAUCUUUUGUUUCACUUUUGCAGUUGGUUAUAGAACUGUGUUAGUUUAA